ACGUUAAGUGUGGUUAGCCUCCUCCUGUACUGUACAUCGAUCAUGGUGAUGCUGAAGAAGAACACGAGCGCCCUGUGCUGCUUCAUGGCCGCCCUCAUGCUGGUCAUGGCUGCCACCCUUCCCUCCUCAUGCGACGCCCGCAAAGAGAUGGAUGAGCCCCAUUCUUUUCCCCUGCCGGCUUCAUGCUACUCCAAACACUUUCCAAACUGCACCGACGAGCGAUGCAAGAAGUUCUGCGGUGGCGACGACAUGCCGCCGGUUCCCGGGGCCUUUUGCAAUGACGACAACAACUGUUGUUGUCCCAUAUAGUUAAUUAUAAGCGCCGUUGAAGUAAUCCAAGAGAACAUGGAGAUGCCAAUAAUAUAAGCAAGAGAUCAGACCUUUUCUAAUCUUUGUAAACCAGCUUUUCCAGCAAUUUUGGAGUAACGAUUUCAUCAUUGUAUGUCUCAUUGGUUCGUGUACGUCGAGACAAAUCAAAAGUAAUGAAGCUUGAACAAAAA